CUGAUUGGCCAGAGUUCAACCAUUUAUUUACUUUCAAUCUUGAAAGUAAAGAAAAUUACUUUACCGUGUGUUCUAACACCAAAAAAAAUCUCUUCAGAUUAAUUUAUCGGUACACGUAUUCUUGUGUGGUCAAAUCUGUGGAAAUUAAGAGGUUUGUGGGCACUACAGUAACUACGGGGAAGUUUUUUCUUAGGUGAGAAAGCAGUACACCGAGUCGUGUAGGUGUUGCUGUAUUGUCCUUACUAAGAAAACGCCGGAAACCUGCGUACGCAAUACAAUGGAUGUUCCCCAUCUUACUGAAGACGAAAUGGCUGAAAUAAAAAAGGAUGUACUAGAACGAUUGAGACCAUAUCUGUGUGAUAAAAUUAUGGCUGAAAGACAUUUUGAUUACCUGCGUGCGAAGAAGAUCCUGACCAGAGAGGACACAGAGGAGAUCAGCUGCAGAACCACAAGCAAAAAGAAGACUGGAAAGCUGCUUGACUAUCUGGCGGAGAACCCAAGGGGUCUGGACACUCUGAUUGAAUCCAUCCAACGUGGGAGAAUCCAGAAUUUCAUCAUCACUAAAAUCACUGAUGAAGUACAGAAGGUCAAAAAUGAAAGACUAGAAAGCAUAAAAGCUGGAGCCACCUGUAGCAGCUGCAUGCCACCCAAGUGUAUGGAUGCAACAAACAACCUCUCCAGAACAUUUUCAUUUGAGUCCAAUUAUGAUAAAGGCAAAGAUUCCACCUUGCUGUUCCAUCCUGAAGGGGAAUGGAGUCCUGGCACGUCCACUGCUGUUUGCUCAAUGAAUUUGCCGUAUGGGUCCGUGUUGGAAAAGGGAACUAGAGUAACUAGUAGCAGCGUGUCUUCCACGCUUCCAAAGCCUGGAGACCCGGGGGCCCCAGCGCUCCCUGAUGAGCUGCAGCCAGAGCCCGAGGGGACCUGUGGAAGCACCAGCAGUGAUGCACAGUUUCAACCACUCCGCUCGAGGUCUCUGUCAACAUCACAGCCUCACUUUUCCUAAGAAGAAAUUAUAAUAUCUUUUCUCUCUGAAUUUAAACAUGGUUGUUGGGAUUCUGAUGUAUAAAAAAUCUGUACAGUACUUUGAAACAAUCAAUUAUACAUUUUGAGGUAAAACUAUAAGAAAUCAAGCUUUGGAUUACACUUGGAUUACAUUAUAGUGCCGCUAUCCUUUUAGGUGCUUUUAAAAAGUACCAGAUUUCAAAACAAACAGUAAAUGUGAUAAAGCGAACUGGUUGAAGGCAUAUACUGUUGUCAUUUUAUAAUUGCACAGAGUAAUCAUAGUUCUUUGGUACUUUUUGAAUACCGCUUUUUAAGUGGUGCUGUAAAUGAAUCCCAGUCAAGUCAAUGAACAUUUCACCUUACACCUUCAUCACCUGACGAAUUUACCUCAUCGUACAUUAUUCUUUUUGUGGUGCAAGAACCUGUUAUCUGACCAAAAUGAAUUCAAGGUCCAAGCACUAAAAAGAAUACAGUACCUUGCAUGAUUUUAAAUGAAAAUACCAACAGCCAUUUAGACAAAUGAGGACAGUAAGCUCAUACAAUAAGUCACAAGAAUAUAAUGUUAAUUAGAUAAGCUAGUGUAGGACUAGUGCAAAACCACUCCUUACUGUUCAUUGCUCUGUUGUGCAUAGAGGUUUGUUAUAGGAGAAGCAUAGCCACAGUGCAAGCUUAACUUAGUAAGGAAUGACAAAUAUAUCAACUCUAAGGCCUUGUUGAAAGUUAUAACAGUAACUUCUGCCAACCAGAGAACGGUCAAAUACACAAUGUGUCUAUUUUCAAUGUAAUACAGCCAAAUAAUCUGGUUUUGUAUAUCAAGGGUUAAAAAAGUUAACAUUGGCCAAUUUAUAGCAUUCUAAGAAAUAUAUUAUUUAGACAUGUAAAUGUUCAUCAUAUACCAAACUAAAGCAAUUAUUUUUUUAAUGUUUAGGUUUCUUUAUAUUUAAGAUUUGAUUGAUUAAAACUAGUUCUUGCAAUUAAUGGUAACAUAUAAUCUUUUCUGAUUGUAUUACAACUGUACAAAUCAAGAAAAAUAGUGAAUGCUAGGCAGCCCAACACAUGCACUAGCCAAACUUGCAGAUGAACAGCGUGGUUGUCUAUGAAGCAACUAGUUGACAGACUUCUUGUAAAACAUUUUUUCAACUCGGUUUUUCUACAAUACAGUUUGGCAUCCAUAAAACUCUUGUAGACGGUUGGUGCUGUGUUUAAGAACAGUUAAGAAGAUUUUCAUGAAUGUAAAUGUACCCAUUGAUUCUUUUUGGGCCGUUAAGGUUUAUAGUAUUGUAGGUCAUGGUGUAUUCUGUAUUGUGUAAUGAAUGACGCUGGUUGCAAAUGUAACAAACGACAAAGAAUAUUAUAGGAAGUUAAAAUUUGAUGCCAACGGAAAUGAGGGCAUUUAUUCCUACAAUGUAUCAUUUUACAAUAUUUAAUGAUUGACCUUUUGCUACAGUUUUGGUUCUGAAACUGUUUCUCUGGCUAAAAACAAUUUGAGAUUCUAAAUUUGAAUUUGGUUCCUCUCUGCAGGAAACAGUCAAUAUUUGAAUUGCCUUUAUAGUAUUUUAACUGGAUGAAUAAUGUAUUAAUUUACAUUUAGUAGGGAGAUUCUGAUGUUAAUACACUGCAGCACAGGCUACAUUUUAUUAAAGCUAUUAAAUGUUCAAAGCAGAGAAAUAUAUUAGAAAUAAAAAUAAUAAUUUAGUUAAAUUUAUUACAGUUAAAAAUCCUCUGUUAUUUACCCAUUAAGUCUGUGCUGCUAGCAUACAUAACAGUGUACACUACUGAAGUAUAUCACUGUGUAGGGUUAUACAUUCCAUAUAUGAAGAGACACCCUUAACAGUUUUAUAUCAUUAUAUAAUCCUACAAGAGUUCUAACAUGAAGAAAACUGUAUUGGGUGUGAACUUGUUUGUGGAUUCAGUUCACUGUAAAAAGUAAAUACAGUAAAACCUUGAUGUAUGGUUGCCUGAAGUUCUGAACUCAGUGGUCAGUCACUUGUGCUUACUACUCAGUAAAUAGAGUGCACGUGAAUGAGAGGGGCAUGUUAAAUAAGCAGACACCUAUCUUGGGUAACUGUGAACGUUCAGUGAUCACACUUGUAUGUAUCAUCAGUGUAUUCCAUUAAAUAAUCCUUUGUCCGAAACAUGUUGAGGACUAUAAAGAAAUAUUUAUAUCAUCUACAUUUUCAUUGAAUUGCUCAUCUGUUUAAUGAUGUGUACUCUUACUAUUCGUUGUUGUUACUUCUGCUUUUUUAAUUGCUUACAGUGCAGCUGCAGUUUCUGUUACUCGGAAACUAAUUUUGCGUAGAGGUUUUCCAUGUACUGACACACACUUGGCCACAGUUGUUGAUGGUAUAUUCCUUUAAGUUCUUUGACAAUGUUCUAUUUUUUUUUUUUUUAAUGAAAAUUAAAACUAUAUGUAUGUACUAUUACAUUUUAGGGGAUGUUUUGGUGCAUUUUAAUUGAGAAUAUUCACGUACAAAUGGCCAAAAGUUUGGCAUCACCUAGAAUUUUAGGAUUGAGACCAUUUAAAAAAAGAAAAAAUUAAACUAUGUGAACACUUUUUGUUAUACGGUGAUGGAAUUUUAUUUACCACUUUGGUAAGGUAGAUAUUCUUAUAAAAUACAUUAAAAA